UCCACACAAGCAGAUUCUUGCCUGUUCAGAGAUAUAUCAUCCAGUAAGAUUUUUCAGUCACUGCUUGUAUUGCUUCCUGUCACUAUUUCUUCAAACCCUUGAAACAUCUGUAUUUCUGCACUUAUCAAGAAGUGUGUGGUAGAACAGUUAAUGGAUAGAAAUCUCUCAUCCAAGAUAAUGGCUGUUAUUUUAAUCGCGAAAUUAUUCAUUGAUCAUUCACCACAAACUCCUCAUCUUUGAUUACCAUAUUUUUCCACCACAAUUUGUGUUGACACUUGAGUGUAAAGAACUGCAGAACUUAAUAGAACAGUCCAUUGUUAUAUGCCUUUUUUUUUAAAUCAAAAUGGGCAAGGUCUCUGAAGCAUCAUCUUGGUAUCAACUCCUAGAGCCUGACAGAAUGCCACUCAACUUCUUCUUUCUCAUAUCUGUGGUCAUUUUCAUUGUUUACCGAAAAGGAGUGAAGAGAAUAAAAGACACACCAAGCCUGCCUCCAGGUCCACGAGGUCUGCCGGUUGUCGGUUACCUCCCCUUCCUCCGUCCCGACCUCCACCGCUGCUUUGCAGACUUGGCUCAAACAUUUGGCCCUCUCAUGACGAUGUGGAUUGGAUCCAGGCAAUGCAUAAUAGUGAGCUCGUCAGAGGCAUCUAUGGAGGUGUGCAGAGACCAUGAUGCCACCUUUGCAAAUCAUGACACCACUGCGGCUGCCAGAAUCAUCUCAUUUGGUGCGCAAGACAUGGUCUUCCAGCCCUACAGUCCCAAGUGGCGCACCCUUCGCAAAGUGUUUGUGCGGGAGCUGCUCAACACCAAGAUACUUGACUCUUUCCAUGCAUUGCGCCAACGGGAGGUAAGGAGCAUGGUCGAGGAGUUGCAUCGAAAAACAGGAGAAGUGGUGGAUGUCGGACAGGUGGCAUUUGUCACAGCACUCAACGUGGUCACCGCCAUGUUGUGGGGCAACUCACUGGCAGCAGAGGAGCGGGAGCGGGUUGGUGGUGAGUUCCGGGAGCUGGUGGAUGGUAUAGUACACUUAUUAGGUGUCACAAACAUGUCAGAUAUCUUCCCUGUGCUGGAAUGGAUGGACUUGCAAGGGGUGCAACAGAAAAUGAAAGAGCACAAAGAAAGGCUUGACAGACUUCUGAACAUGAUCAUCGAGCAGAGGAAGGGAACUCUGGAAGCAAGUGGUGAUCAAAAGAAGACGAAAGAUUUUCUUCAGGUGAUGCUGGAGAUGGUGAAAGAGGACCCCCAUCAGCUCCUGACCACGGACAACAUCAAAGGAUUAUUCGCGAACAUAGUUUUAGGUGGCACAGAUACAACAUCAACCACGGUAGAAUGGACCUUGGCUGAAAUGAUGAAUAAGCCUGAGACAAUCAGGAAAGCACAAGAAGAGCUCGAGUCAGUGGUAGGGAAAGAGGAAAUGGUAGAUGAAACACAUCUACCAAAAUUGCACUAUUUGGAGGCAUUGGUAAAAGAAUCGCUUCGUUUACAUCCGCCAGUCCCACUCUUAGUACCUCGUUAUCCCACAGCAACAUCCUCCAUAGGAGGAUAUAUGAUCCCAAAAGGAGCCAAAGUUUUCAUCAAUGCCUGGGCCAUACAUAGAAACCCCAGUGUCUGGGAAAAUCCAUCAGAAUUCAUACCAGAAAGGUUUCUAACGGGAACUAAUAGAUGGGAAUAUGGUGGUAGCAAUAACUUCAAUUUCAUCCCAUUUGGUUUUGGACGAAGAAUUUGUGUGGGCAUUCCACUAGCAGAAAAGAUGAACAAGUAUAUACUGGCUACAAUGCUACAUUCCUUUGAGUGGAGAUUGCCUGGUAACUCCAAACUUGAUCUUGUUGAAAAGUUUGGGAUUGUCUUAAAGAAGGAAAAGCCAUUAGUUGCUAUAGCUACCGCAAGGCCUUCUUGUGCAAAGCUUAAUAAGUAAAUAAAGUCAGACUAUAUUCUUGUAUGUAGUUUAAUCUGCUCAGAAGUAGUAAGCAACUCAAUUGAGAACUACUUGGGUGUGAUGUAAUUGGGACCUAGAGUGCGACCAGCACUGCAAGCAUUUAAAGAUCUUACAUUUGUGCUUAUAUUUUUUUUAAUUGGCAGAUGUCCUAAGAAAAUAUAGUAUCUUCAGUUUUUGUCA